GUGUGAUCGGCUGCUACAAAUUGUGUUGUCGGAGGGAAGUUACGUGGAACCGCCUUCGAAAAGUGGCGAGAUCAGAUACAGGGUCAAGGAUGACCUGGUUUUUCUAUGUGUCAAAAACAGCAAGUUCAAAGGUCAAGAUCCCCAAGUGCUAAUUCCCAGUAUUCUGGACAGCUCAAACAUCAGCCAGAAUGGAGCCGGCGACUUCUGCUCCUCCAUGUUUGAUCUACCCCCCUGUGGGGACCAUCAAGGGGGCACUGCUAACAGGCACACUCCAUACAGAGAUGCACCUGGUCUGGCUGGACAGCUUGUGAAGAAUGAAUUGUCGCCAGACAAUAAAAUGAUAGUUCAGCUCCCUGGAGUCGGAAAAGACCACAAACCUCCUCCUCAGAAAGUGUCGACCAUCCGUAAUGACUACACAGACGUCAAUGACAUGACAGAUGGAUCCACGUCAUCCUCGUAUAGACCCCGCCGGGUACCUCGGAACUCCUCGACGGCCACUGGAUAUACUCGACCGCCUCUCCCCGUUCCUCCGAGCGCUACCGGCAACCCUUACGGAGGUUCCGAACGUCCGCUGUCCUCAGGAUCCGGAGGUCCUGUAAAGGUCACCCUAAGUCCACCUUCUGGUCCAAGUGACACAUAUUGCGAGGUUCCAAACUACGUCGGCAACGAAGUUUACGGGUACAACAACGGGUUCUACGGUUCGGCGAGGAACCAAGGUCGUAUCCAAUCAGAUUUCAGCAGGCCUGUUGAUCUUGCUGAGUAUACUAAUCCCUCUAGCUCGUCGGCAGUUUAUGACUACGAACCUCAGCAACAGUACUAUGGCUCAAGUUUGGACAGACCUAAUGAUAUCUAUAAUGAGGAUGAUUCGGUUGGACUUCUGAAAAUUAAAACAAAGCAGUCCUAAAAAUGUCUGUAAAAUAUCGCGGCUUUCAUUUCAUCACAAUAGUUUAUUGUUUUAAUUGACAUGAUUAUUUUC